AUGUCUGGCCUCUUCGACAACAAGGACAACAAGGAUUCUGGCGCAACCGGCGUCGCCAAGACCGGCACCUCCACUGUCGGUAACACACUCUCUGGCUUGACCAACACGGUCGGUGGAGUGGUCGGUGGUGCCAGCCGCGGUGUUGGCGAGACGGUCUCGGGAGUCACCGGAGGACUGGGCAAGCCGCUGGGAGACGGCGUCGCCAACAUUGGAACAUCCGUUGAGAGCGGCGGUCAGAAUGUGGCCAAGAGCACGAGGGAUGCUGGGGAAUGGAAGACCAACAACUAA